CCUUAUGUUUUUCCAGAUAUACUUACGCUAUACUUGAAAAAAUAUCUUUCAACAACUAGUAAACGUCAGACUUAACAACAAAGUAUGCAGGACCCUAAUGCAGAUACUGAAUGGAAUGACAUUCUUCGAAGAAAGGGAAUUUUACCAAAGAAGGAAAAACCUGUUGUUGAAGAAGAAGAAAUACCUGAAGAUGAUGGUAAAAAAUACGAGGAUAUGACCCUUGAUGAACUCGAUGAAUUUGAAGAUGAGGAAGACGAAAGAGUAAUGGAAAUGUACAGACAGAAAAGAAUAGCAGAAAUCAAAGCUUUACACAGUAAAAAUAAAUUCGGAGAUGUCAGAGAAAUAAGUGCAAUUGAUUAUGUACAAGAGGUCAAUAAAGCUGGUGAAGGAAUAUGGGUCGUUCUACAUUUAUAUAAGCAAGGAAUACCUCUUUGUUCACUGAUCAACCAGUAUCUCAGACAACUCGCUGCUAAAUUUCCACAUGUAAAGUUCCUGAAUAGUGUCUCUACAACUUGUAUACCAAAUUAUCCAGAUAAAAACUUACCAACAAUAUUUAUUUAUCGAAACAAUGAUUUAAAAGAAAGCUGGAUUGGACCAGGAAAUUUUGGUGGAAUGAAUUUGAAAGUCGAUGAACUUGAAUGGAAACUUCACAAAGCUGGGGUUGUGGAAACUACCUUGGAAGAAGACCCAAAACCUAAAGUUCAUGAUAUGAUGAUGUCAUCAAUUCGGUGUUCAACAAAUCAUACCAAGAAUGACGAUGACAGUUCAGAUGAAGAUUAUUGAUGUUGGAAAGGCAUUAUUAACAAUGUUUACUGGACACCAGAGCCCCCUGCAGUGCAAAAGUGCUCGAGCCACCACCCAUGAUGCCACAAUUGUGGAGCAGAAAUGCAUCUAAUUUUUGUCAUUUAGAUCCCAAUAUUGUUUUCAGUGAUUGUGUUUUCAUUCUCGAGCGAUCUAUAUGUAUAUUCACACUUUAUACUCUUUCAAAACAGGUUUGACUUGCUCUGCAAUCAAUUACCGAAGUGAUUGCAAGCUCUCAGAUUGCUAUCCUAUUAUCUAUAUCCUUGUUUUCGUAUCAUGAAUGAAAUAAACAGAUUCAAGACUUUUC